AUGCCGCUCGGCGGCGUCAGAGACGCCUCACUGCGCUCCACGACGGCAGCGACCACGUCGGUCGCGUCGUUCUGGGGCGACUCUCGUGAUGAUCGAGGUGCCGCCGCCGCCGCCUCCACGAAGUCGCUGUCAACGUUUUCGACGACCUCUGCGUUGGCGCCGCUGGCUUCUUCCGCCUCCUCGUGGUCGUCGGUGACGGUGGCGAACAACACGCGUGGCACCAGCAACGCCGCAUGCAAGGGCACACGCGCCCCCAGUGGUGCGACCACGCCAGCUGGACUGGUGGCGCUCAGCAGCGAGGGUAAGCGCACACCUUCGCAGAAGUCAUCGGCCGUGUCGGCAGACCUCAGCAGUCACUCGGAGCACCUCAACCGCGGCAUUGGGGGCGGCGCUGGCAUUGACACAUUCAAGUACACAGCCGCGUCGUUGGCGGUGGAGCCGCCGGAUUCAACGAUGCCCACCGCUCUUCGCGACAGCGACGACGGAGACGACGACGCUUUCGAUAUCAUCAAGGAGAGCAUCAAGCGCCAGCUCGUCAGCAUCGAAGAGGAUGAGCUCGUCAGUGAGACGACGGACGGCAACUUAGCGACCGCUUUACGGCAGACACUUCAGUCACAGCCACAGCCACAGCCGCAACAGCAUCGUUACUUGACAGUGCAGCCGCGGGGCGGCGCCGUCAGCGAGGCUGCCGGUGCGCGUCGGAGUGGCGGCGAUGAUCGCAUGAUUCACAUCACAAGCGCUGCUGUACCACCUGCUCCUCGGUCGGCUGCUGCAGCUGCUGCCGCUCGGCGAGGGGAGAGAACAACGAUCCGCUGCUCUUCUUCGCCCGUGUCGGUCGUGGAGCAGCUCGCUGCCAUCAGCAUUGGCCAGUCAUCCGUGUCCAAGGCAAGUGUGCCUCUCACCACUGCAAGCGGUAGCGACGCGACGGGCUUUCGCUCGAAGCCACCGCUAUCGCAGCCAGAGUCUCCCCAGGCACCCGCUCAGAAGGCUGCGCAACGGACAUCCCAGCGGUCUUCUGAGCCACCGCCGCCGCAGCAUCACGAACCGCAUCAGCAAAGAGCUCCGGCUAUGGUGUACCCGCUCAACGCUACGGCGUCACGUGCGACGCUGUUUGAGCAACAGCGCCAGCCCUCAGCCAGCGGCGUCGGCGGCACGGCCUGCGACGCGAGCCCUCGCGCUGAGUCGAGCAUCCAUGCCGGCGGCCUACGCAUCCCACUUUCAACCUCCGGUGCUCGUUCGAUGGGCGACAGAAGCGGGUCUGGCGAAAUCGCCGCCGUGCAAAUCUUCCCCGAGGCCGCAAGUCGUACCCCCUCUCACAUGGACCCGAGCCGCGACAUCGGCAGUGGCGCGGCGAUGGCGACGGCAGCCGAGAGGUCCUCGACAACGUCAACGACGGCCUCAUCGUCCUCGACGUCGACAACGCUGCAGAGCGGCCGUUUCUCCUCUGAGCACUCGUCGUCGUCCAAGGAGGAGCUAGCCAGUUCAGGCCACCACUCUCAGCAGUAUCCCCGUCAGCUUCACUCAGGUUCGUCCGUGGCGCAGCUUAGACACGGCCGGCGUCCGCAUCAACCCGAAAUCCCGGCACUGGAGCUGGCGGGCUUACAGGCGCAACGUCCCGCGAAUAGCCAGCAGGAGUGUCUUCAGCAUAAAGACACACAGCAGCGGCAGCAGCAAGAGCAACCGUCAGUGCCGCCGCCGCUUACAUCCCCACCACCACCACCACCGCAACAGCAGCCGCAGCAGCCGCAGCAGCGUGUGCAGGCCUCGUCGAUGAUGCCGUUUCAGGGUGGCCCAAGGUUCCCCAACUUGCCACCACACCUCCAGCCACAGCCGCUCACGCAGGCGCAGCAGCCAUCCAAUCUUCCGCACCUGCUGCCGCAGACACAGCCCCAACAGUCCCAGCAACAGCAGCUUGGAGUGUCUGUAUCGUCUCCUUCAGCGGCCAUGAUGCCUGGCAAGAUCUACGCCGCCACUCCGCAUGGCCGGCUGAUCUUACUCACCCCUGACGGCGUACGAGCGCCACAGGUGCAGCCGCCUCCGCACUCAAUGCCUCCACCACCGCCACCGCCUCCGCCACCGCCGUCGACCGCCACCAGCUCCGCGCUCACCGGCAACUAUGUCACCGCCAGCAACUACUCUGCUCUCUUCUGCCGCAACAACCCACUGCACUCUAUGCGUUACCCCGGCUCUCAGUCCGAGAGCGCGGGGCGGCUGACGGGUGAGGCGAGUCGUCCCAAGGAUGAGAAGGGCACCGCGGCGACCCUCUCCAGCAACGCAGAGCGUUCAAGCACCCAGGUGUCCACUACGACUGUCAGCUCUGCAGCAUCAGAGAAGGAUGCGCCGGCCAGCCUCAACGCAGGACAGAGCCACGACGACGCUGCGGUGAACCACGCCGAGGCCCGUGUCUCUGUGGCCCCUGCAGUGGCCACUGCUGGCAGCGCGAGUGCCGAAGCACCCCCUAUCACGGCCGCCCGUUCAGCUGCUGGGACUGGUGCAUCGGCGCCAACAGGCAGCGGCAUCAGCAGUGCGGCAGCGUCUGCGGGUUGUGACAGCCAACUCCCCACGGCCUGUGUAGCGCCGCUUCUCGUCCGCAGCUCCCAGGGCGCCUCCGCUGCUGAGCUUGUGCAGCGUCUCGGCAGCCACCCCAGCAGCAGCAGCAGCGUGAAUGGGGGUGGCCGGUCCCUGCAGCUGCCAACGUUCCCGACACGCGAGGACAUCAGCACCGCCUCGUCCGCGGGUGGCGCCCACCACCCGAACCGCAACACAGCUCUGGUUUCAACAUCGUCUGGGAACGGCGCCGUGAUGUCGUCUCUCUCGAGAGCGCAACCGACGCUCGUUGAUUCUGACCGAAAAAUUGGUCUGAGCGUAACGAAUACUCUGGCGCUGCCACCGAGCAGCGUCAAGGCAGGCGGCAGCAAUGCGCAGAUUGCCGUGCCUGCAAAUGGCAGCGGCACCGCAGUGACCGGCUCUCGAGGUGCGGCAGAGGGGAAACUGAUGGGGCCGAGCAACAACGCUCUAGGCAACUCCAGCACCUUCGCGCCCCUCCACACAGGGCUCAAGCCGCACGAUGGUGGCGUCGGCGCGGAUGCCACAGGCGCCAGCAACAGCGGCCAUGCUGCCCACUUUACGCAGUCGGUAUCACAGCCUGCGCUCUCGGCCCCUGCAUCCUCCGCAUCAUACAGCCCACUGGCGGCACUCGGCUCAGCAAACGGGGGCGGCUCUGCCAAGUGCAUCGCGACGCCAGCGCCGUUUCGGCAGGAGCCGACCGGCAACAGUCGGCUCGCGUCGCGCGCUGAUCUUUUUGCACAGGCCGCGAAGCCCACCUGGCCGGACACCGUCUCGUCACCGUCCAAGCAGGGCCCGGCUGGGGUGUUGCCGCUGCCACAGCGACAGCCACCACAGCUGCAGCCGUCGCAGCGGCAGCCGCAGCCGCAGUUCUACAUACAAGGGCUUUCUCCUCCGCCCCCGACAUUGCACCCCCCCGUCGGCGACCGUCUCCACCCCGCUGCCGACGACUCUGUCGUCGUGACAGUCCCCGUCACGGGCGGCGACGGCACCAUCACGGCAGCUGUCAUCGCAGUCCCGCCCCCAUUCUCGUACACUGAGGCCGGAGUACAGCAGUACUGCCUCGGAGCUCUACAGCAGCCACAUCCACAGCAACAACGGCCGCACCCGCCGCUGCAGCGGCACUUUCAUCAUCAAGGCGCGACAGCAGGGGAGCACUCCACCGCAAGCUGUGCCGGUGAGGAGGCGGAGUGGCGGCGGAAGCAGGAUCUGAUCACGCUGCAGCUCGAGCAGCACCGCCAGCGGCUCGAAAACGAGCUCCGGCAAGUGCAGCUGCAACAGCUGCAGCACGCACAGCACCAUCAUAACCAGCACCAACAACACCAGCAGCAGCUGCAGCUACAGCAUCAGCAGUCUCUGCCGUCGGCACAGACAACCAUGGUCACGAUUGAUGGACGCCUCUACCGCAUGGUGUCGGCCUCCUCAGGAGAGGCCUUUGUGAACCGUGGCCAGCCAUGCCGUGAUCUGCACUUUGUGGACAGAGACACUCUUGUCAGCGACGGCUCCGCGGGAGCAGACGGCCGCACUGAGGCCGCAUCUCUUCAACCGAGCAAUCACCCCGGUGUGUGCAUGCCCGUCUCCCCGCAAGCCCAGGUAUCACCACAACGGCAACAGCAGCACAUGACCAUCACUGCUGCGAGUGAUAGGAAUACUUUGGGUGAGGCCACCUCGGCGGCGGCGACGCUCGCAAAGCCAUCUACGCUUGGCGCUAACGUUAUGCUGGUGAUGCCAACGCCGUCUGCCUCGCACAAGGUGCCGUACGGAUACUAG